GCGCCCCGCGCGGUGCGGGCGGGCGGCGGAAGAUGGCGGCGGGUGGAGCGGGGUGUUGAGCGGGACGGGACGGACGGAGCGCGGCAUGGAGCGCAGCGCGGCGCCGGGCCCGGAGCGGCUCUUCGACUCGCAGCGGUUUCCCAGUGACGGGCUCGUGCUGCUGGCGCUGCUGCUGUACGCUCCCGUGGGGCUGUGUCUGCUCGUGCUGCGGCUGUUCAUCGGGGUGCACGUCUUCCUGGUCAGCUGCAUCCUGCCCGACGGGACGCUGCGACGCCUUAUUGUCCGUGUGAUGUGCUCAGUGCUGGGGCUGUUUGUGCAGCAGAGCGGUCCCCGUCUCCGUGACGCUGCGGUGCAGGUUUACAUUGCCAACCACGUCACACACUUUGAUCACAAUGUCAUCAACCUGCUGACCUCCUGCAACACGCCUGCACUGAAUGGUGCCCCUGGCUUCAUCUGCUGGUCACGGGGCUUCAUGGAGCUGGGAGUGACAGGGAGCCGAGCUGAGCUGGUCGAUUCCUUGAAGGCGUAUUCGUCUCACAGAGGAAACCCACCACUGCUGCUCUUCCCAGAGGAAGCUGCCACCAAUGGCCGGGCCGGCCUGCUCCACUUCAGCUCCUGGCCGUUCUCCAUCUUGGAUGUGGUGCAGCCGAUUGCCCUACAGGUUCAGAGGCCUUUGAUCACUGUGAGUGUAGCUGACUCCUCCUGGAUUACAGAGCUGCUCUGGACCUUCUUUGUUCCCUUCACAGUUUAUCAAGUAAGGUGGAUGCCGUCUGUCCCCAGACGAGCUGAAGAGCUGAGUGAGGAUUUUGCGCUCCGUGUUCAGGAGCUCUUGGCCAUGGAGCUGGGUGUGGUAUCCACACGGCUCACGGCAGCAGAUAAAGCUGAACACAUGAAGAGGCUGAGACAUACAUCGCAUCUUCCCUUUGCCCCAGCCUCAAGGCAGCCCCUGGCAGCCAGGCUCAGGAUGCCUUCCAGCCUGUCUGGUAUUGGGUCCUUUGCUCCUGAGGAUGCCCGGUUCACAGUGAUGGCUCAGCAGGUGAAGGAGGUUCUGCCUCAUGUGCCUCUGGACGUCAUCAGGACAGACCUGGCCCAGACAAACUGUGUGGAUACCACUAUUGCCAACUUGCUGGAGGGGAGAGUGCCCUUCUUCCCUGAAAGUGAGGCUGGUACUGACCUGCCUGCUCCAUCUACCUCCUGGGCUGCAUCAUCGGCUUCUGGCAUCCAGGGCUCCGUGGCUUUGCCUUCUUCCAAGCCAGCUACAAAGCAAUUUGCAAAAUCCCCCGUGGAACGGCACCUGUCCCUGCAGGAGAGGAAGCGCGCGCUGUACGACUAUGCCCGGAGGCGGUUCACCGAGAAGCACGGCGCGGCGCGGGCCGGGGGCAGCCCCUGACUGAGCGACCGGAGCGGGACGGAGCAGCAGCGGCGGGGAGCGGGAGCGGCGGCGCGGCAAUAAAGGGCAAUAAAGGGCAAUGAAAAGGGCGAUA